ACCAUAAUAAAAAUUUUCUAAAGUGUAAAUCGGCGUUUAGCUAACUAUUCCAUAAAAAUGAUGAAGCUGAUUGGCGCAUGCGCGAAAAUCUAUAGCCCAUAUUACAUUUUUGUGACUUAAAAAGUCAGAAAAAAUACAAUGUUAUGAUAUAAGUAGGUGAAAACGUCACUUGUACUUUUUAAAUCAUGUAACCAUCGAGGAGGAAUCAAUAGUUCACGAAAUCAGUUUUUUGGAAGCUGUUCAAACCAAAUAAUCGAAGUGUUUUAUUUUCCCUGAAUUACUAAUUUGUGGCUACGAGUGGUGAAAAUUAUGAAAAACAAUCAUGGCAAACGGAUGGAGAAUUUUUACACUUCUUAUGUGGAAAAACUACACUGUUCGAAGAAGACAUUGGAAACUCAGUUUACUGGUCGAGAUUUGUAUUCCAAUAAUAUUGUUUGUAUUCUCUCAAGUUAUCAGAGAUUUUUCAGUAAUUCUUCCUCCUUCUGAAGUGCGAAAAAUAAUAAGUGAUACACAUUACCCGGUUCAAACGAAGGAAGAAAUAUUAAGGAUUUACAAUCAUUUUCCGGUUAUCCUUUACUUUUUACCGAGGAAUAAUUUUACCGAGAAUUUGAUGAAAAAAACAGGAAGCUGUCUCUUGCUUCCUGAAGAAAGAAUAAAAGGUUUUUAUUCUGAGGAUGAACUGAUGAAUGCAUAUGCUUCGAGAAAACACGAAAGUUAUUCAAUUGAAGUCAUUGCAGUGUUGUUUAAAAACCCUGAAAGAUUAAAUUCGAGUCUGAAGCAUCUGGAAUAUGUAAUUAGGACUGAAAAAAAUCAUUCUGACAAUGGAAUCGAAUACUUUCUUGAAAAUUCACCUUUUGUACAAACACAGAUCUGCAUCGAUGAAUCUUUUCUCAAGAUGAAAAUGCCAAACCGUUCCAUAAAAACGCAAAAUUUUCAGAUAUCAAUGCAAAGAAUGCCUUAUCCAGCCCACUUAGAAGAACGAUUUAAUAGUGAUGAGAUUACAAAAGCCAUGUAUCCAGUUGUGGCAAUCCUGGCAUUUUUAAUACCACUUUGCAUCGAAACAAUUUAUCCAUCAAAUGAAAAAUCCUUAGGACUGAAUAUCCUAAUGUCGAUGAGUGGCGUUAAAAAUUAUCAAAAUUUAUUAAGCUGGUUAAUAAGUGGAUUAUUUUUCAGUAUAUUAUAUAUUGUACCUCGUAUAGCAUUACUGAAGAUAACUUUCUCAUCAGAAAAUGAACCAUACUUAAAUUUUGGUGAUGUGUAUUUAGUAGCAACAAUGCAUUUUGUGCAUAUUGUUCAUCUUUUAGCUUUCGGAUUCCACAUAACUGUAUACUUCUCAAGAUCCAUCUUUAGAUCCUUUGGAAGUCCAUUUUUGUACACUGGUUCGUUCAUACUGCAAAAGUAUAUGGUACAAUUAAAGAAUUACACUGUUGUACCAUAUCUGGGAAUAUUUUUCCCCAAUAUUCUCUUAUAUCGAAUAUAUGAGGAAAUUGAUAUAAAGGAAGAAACCGGCAUAGGAGUCGGAUGGCAUAAUUUAUUCCUAGAAGGAGACAUAAACUAUAAAUCUGUAGGAAGCUUAGGAGCCAUAUUGAUAUUUUCAAUUUUUGGUAUUUUAAUCCAUUUUUUACUGGCUCUCUACGCAUCUGCCUUGUUUCCUGGAAAAUAUGGAGUUCCAAAGCAUCCGCUUUAUUUUUUAAGGUUCUGGAAAUCAAAAUAUGAUUUCUCAGAGGAGGAGUUAUAUGUCUGUUGUUGCAAUGAUAUGGAGGAGAAACCUUUUGAACCGAUAGCAAAAGAUGAUUUCACUCCCGCAAUACAGACCCGCAAUUUGAGAAAAUCGUACAGCACCAAUUUUUUAAAAUGUGGAAAACAACAUGCCCUUUGCGGUAUUUCCAUCGAUUUUUAUAAAGGCGAAAUAACAACUUUGCUUGGCCACAAUGGAGCCGGAAAGACAACUAUGAUGUCUAUUUUAACAGGUCUUCUUAGUCCUACGAAAGGAAUGGUUCUCAUAAAUGGAAAAAAUAUCAGUGACGAAAUGGACACAAUUGUGACUGACUUAGGUAUUUGUCCCCAAGAAGAUAUUUUAUUCCCUGAUUUAAAUAUAUUCGAACAAAUCGAGUUUUUUGCCCUGUUGAAGAAUAAAAAUAAAACAAGGGCUCAAGUAAAAAAAGAAGUUAAGGAUCUGAUAAAACAAUUAAAAUUAACCGACAAAAAAGACGUGUUACCUUCAAACCUUUCAGAAAGCCAAAAAAGAAAAGUUUGUCUCGCAAUGGCAAUAAUUGGCGAUGCCUCAACUCUUAUAUUGGACGAACCAACAACUGGAAUGGAUCCUGAAAGUAGAAGAGUGGCAUGGGAUAUUUUAUUGAAAAUGAGAGGAGAAAAAACGAUUCUAAUAAGCACACACAAUAUGGAUGAAGCAGAUGUUCUUGGAGACAGAACCGCUAUAAUUCAUUUAGGAAAAUUAAAAAGUUAUGGGACCCCAAUGUUCUUGAAGAAAUUUUAUGGUCAAGGGAACAUCGAAGUUACAUUAUCAACGGCAGAUGUAUGCAACCUUGAGAAAAUAAAAAAUCAGCUCAAAGGAAAAAGUCAUUUAAUUAAUUUGGAUGGCACAAGAAUAGUUUUCAGUAUUCCAUAUUCUGACCCAUUAGCAGAUGAUUUGGACAAGAUUGAAGAGCGAAAGAAAGAACUUGGUGUGAAUGAUAUAAGUGUCUCGCUCAUAAAUUUAGAGCAAGUCUUUCUUAGGGCAACGACGGAAGAAAAUGAGAAAUCAGAAGUGUAUCCAAUGGAACAAAUAACGAAAGUAAAAGGUGUCCAACUUUCCUUACAAUCGGCAAUGGCACUUUUCCAGAAUAAAUGUGCAUUUAUGCAAAACAACAUGUUUUUUUCCUUAAUGUUCCUCCUUCCUUUAGUGAGCGUUCUCUUAAUAGCCUUAAGUUUUUGCAAUUUUGAGGAUACAAGCGAAUAUCCUAUGAGACUCAAAAUGUACAGAGAUCCAGAAGUUCUCUAUUCCUCAAAUAAUGAACAUUAUCGACAAUUACACAAAGCUAUCGUCGAAAGUUUCAAUGGUAAAGGAACAAAUGUGGGAAUUGCGAACAUUUCCGAAGCAAUCCUUGACUUUGGAAGAAAAGACUUGACAGCUUAUCGCAAUAAUUUGUUAGCUGCUGCUUCUUUUGAAGUUGGCAAAUUACAAGAAAUAAAAGCGAAUGCUUUUUAUUCUCAGACGUUAUUUUAUAGUAUUCCGAUUAGUUUAAAUCUUGUUUCCAACACUAUAAUCAAAGCAUUGGUUGGGAAAGAUUAUCAAAUAUAUUUAUCGAGUCAAAUGCUGCCACCAAUCUACCAAUUCUUUCAAUUUUCUACUACUGAGGCCCUCAAUUACUUCAGAGUUAUUUUACUUAUUGUAUUUAUAUUUCCAACUUUUGCAUUGUACGUUAUUCAACCAAUAAGAGAAGCCUCUUAUGGAAUAAAGCAACUUCAGAGGAUGACUGGUGUCUCAAGUUUUUUAUACUGGGGCACUUUUUUCCUCUUUGAUUUUCUGAUCUUCAUUGUCUCGAUGAUUCUCAUGUUGAUUGGAUUUUAUUGCAUGGAUAUUGCUUUGGAUCUGAGACUCUUUUAUGGAACUGAAAUGAGUAUUAUGUUAGUCCUACUGACACUAUUUGCUCUGAAUACACUACCUUUCGUUUAUAUAUUCAGUUUCUUGGAGAGGAAAACGAGCACUGCUAUAACUAUUCUAGCCAUUCUUCCCCUAGUAGUUGUUGUAAUUGAGUCUGUUAUUCGUUGGGCGAUCCAUUUCACAUUAAGAGAUCAACUAAGACUUUCAGAAAUUCUUCGAGUGGUCGAAAAAAGAGUUUUUAUGUUGAUGCCUUUUGUAAGCUUUUUUUAUGGGCAAGUCAGCUUUUUCACAACUGCUGAAAAAAAUGCUAAGUGUCGACGAAUGCCGACCUAUUUUCUCGAAUUGGACUGCAAAAAUUUAAAAGCGUGUUGUGCAUCUCACUGUACUAACGGGAAAUGUGAAAAGUCUUUGGAAUACUUUGGAAACUUCAAAGAAGAUGGAAAUUUAGAAGAGAGCCUAUUAUUUUUGUGCCUGACUCCUUUGUUUUAUUUUACAAUACUCGCAAUAUUGGAACAUAAGAUUAUACCACGGUUUCUUUCAAAAUAUCAGAACAAAAAUCCUGAUGUGAAUCAGGAAAUGGAAGAGCUAGUGAAAAAUGAAAAAAUCUCAAUUGCUUCGCAGAUUAGUGAAUUAAAAAAGCAAGCUGACGCAACUAAAAUGCAGAAUGAUGGGCACUCUGCUGUAAAUACUGUUCUGGAUGAUAACUCUAUUUUUUUGAUUUACGAAUUAAGUAAAUACUAUGGGAAUUUCUCAGGAGUAAAGGAAAUUAGCUUCAGUAUUAAAAAAAGCGAAUGUUUUGGAUUGCUUGGUGUAAAUGGUGCAGGAAAAAGUACGACUUUCAGAAUGCUCACUGGUGAGGAAUUUGCUAAUAGUGGUGUCAUGUAUUUAAACGGGAAAGAAAUUACUGUCAACAGAAAAGAGUUUCUGUCUCAGAUUGGAUAUUGUCCACAAAAUUCAGCCUUGAUUAAAUCACUGAAUGCUAGAGAUCACCUGAAACUAUUCGCUUGUCUUCGUGGAGUUCCAAAGAGUCAAGUGUCUUCUGAAGUUGAAAAAUGGAUCAAUAGAUUAAAAUUGAAUCUUUGCGCAUCUCAGAGAAGUGGAACCUACAGUGGAGGAACUCAGCGUCGACUGAGUAUUGCAAUUGCAUUAAUUGGGAAUCCUAAUUUGGUAUUAUUGGAUGAGCCUACGACUGGCGUUGAUCCUGUGGCUCGAAAAUCUUUGUGGAAUGUGAUUAAGUCUUGUCAGUUAGCAGGACAGUCCAUUAUUUUUACUUCUCACAGCAUGGAAGAAUGCGAGGCUCUUUGUAAUCGACUGGCAAUUAUGGUUAAAGGAGAGUUGGUCUGCAUAGGCCCAAGUCAGCAAUUGAAGAAACGAUAUGGAGCUGGUUAUGAGAUAAAUUUAAAAUUAAAUCCAAAAAGAUCCAAUGCUGAUGUGGAAAAUAUUAAGAAAGAUAUGCACGAAGCUCUGGAAUGUCAACUUCGCGACGAACACGUAGAUUUCUUAUCAUACCAUGUCAUAAAUGCCAAAACGAAGUGGAAGACUAUGUAUGGUGUAAUGAAGCAUUUAAAAGAGAAUUACAUCUGUAUUGAAGAUUUUUCAAUUUUUUCAGCUACAUUAGAACAAUUAUUUUUGAAAUUUGCUAGAUUGAACUGAAUGAAAAAUAACUUUAAGCGCGACCAACAUUUAUAUAUCGGCGAAAUUAAUGAAAUUUAAUUAAAAUAUUUUUUAUUGAAAUUGUUUUUAGCAAAUAUUUCACGAAAGACUGACUUAUUUUGUAUGAAUGAAUGUAAAUCUCAUUAAUUACCAUUUUGAUACCUUUAUUUAGAUCAACUCCAAAG